ACAAAAAUCCCAGUUCAAUGCAAUAGUGGACGGUCGUAGUGUUAAAAUCAUUUGAAAUUUUAUUCAAAAACACUUUCGAAUUUGUUGAAAGUAGAAUUCUACAAGAUGCAACAAUUGCACAUUCUAUAAGUUAAAGUUAAGAAUAAAGUGUUUCCAAAAAUUUUUCGUUUUGAUAAGCGAUCGCGCGUUUUUGUGUAUUUGGUGCGUUUUUGUUUUUUCGGACAAACUUUUAGAAUAUAUUACGUUCAUACCCAUACCUUUGCAUUUGUUGCAUUUUGUUUAUUACGCGGUGAAUUUAUAUGCGUACUCUAAUUACACACAAAUCUUAAGGAAUUGAUAAUUAUUGUGUACUGACAGUUUUGCUGGCGCUUUGACCAACCGUUGCCCACGGGUUAUGCUGCAGUGACAUUCGCGUGUGAUACUUACUCAACUUAUCAAAGGCCUCUAAUGAAUGUACUAUGUCAUUGGAGUAUCCGUGUUGAAUGAAUGAAAAAUAAAGUUUGCUAAAAGUACUAAAUUCAUUAAAGAAAUAUAUAACAACGAGAUGGAUUCAAGCGCGAAUGUUGAUCCCCUAAAUGAUUCCGCGCCUAUGCCGGAGUUGAGUUUUGAAGAUCUUUUAGAUGAUUCACCCGUAAAGAAAUCGUUUAGCGCAGUAGAAGAUCCUUUGGAGUUCGAAGACGAACUUCCGCUCCCCUUAAGUGACACUUUGAAUACACCAGGUCCCAAGAAACCGCCAACAAGUACGAAGCAAUCUUCUGGUGCAACAGCUACAACCACAAUGACACAAAAUCCAAGUACCAACCCAAAGGCCACCACAACUGCAUGGGACAGUGCCGCUAAAACCGUUGCGGCAACUAACGCUUCUGUUAAGCUUACGCCAACAACAACACCAACAUCGUCAAAUCCCACCACACCGGUUGUACUGAACCACAGAAACCUUUUACCCAAGGCCGCCACAAGUGGUGCUGGCCAAUUAGUAAAAAUUUCACCAAAAAUCAUGGUGACCGCGGCAACUUCAACACUUAUAAAAAGUCCAUCGACAACAACAACAGUAACCGCUACCAGCGCAACCGGUGGCAAAACGGCCAUAAAAACCGCAAGCGGCCAAAUAUUGUAUAUACAAAAGAAGGCAGCAACUAGCUCAGCUAAUACGACCAACGCCAGCGGCGGUACAUCCACAUUAACAAUUGCAACAACUCCAGCAAGUAACAAUAGCAAUAAAACAGUUGCUUUCAAAUUGAUGCGUACAGCCGGUGGUAGUUUAGUACCUAUACAAACUACAACAGGAUCACCAACUUCAGCAUCAACAACAACAACAGCAACACCGCCAGGUACAACCACAAAAAAUACAUUAACACUAUCACCAAAAGUUGCGUCACAAUUGCAAGCGGCGGUUGGUGGCGGUAAACGGAUAGUUACGGCUGCAGGCGGACAAAUUGUGAUUAAAACGUCGCUGGCGCCAACGGCAACGGUCACAACUACUAGAUCAACGACAACCACUGCAACCUUAUCAGCGACUUCAACAUCAACAACAACAACUACAUAUCGAGUACCAUCUAGUGGCGCGGCCGGCGCGACAAGCAAUAUCAGCGUCGUCUCAGCCGCCAAUACCAACAAGACUGGUCUACCAGCAGGACACAAAAUAUUCGUACAGUCGGCCAAUGGCAAGCAGAUCUUAGUUUCCAAUCAACAAUUCAUCAAAUUGUCUCCAAAGCCGCCUACGCUUGGCGCCACUAUCAACUCCGGCACUACAACAACAACAACGAGUAGCAGUACGACCGUCUCCACGAACGCAGCACGUCAAUUACAAACAAUACAGCAGUCCGGCAAACAAGUGCAAUACUUGCGAGUGUUACCAAAGAGCAAUGCAGAAGGCAGCGGCACGGUGGUGUCCAGCUCAGCUGCUGCGGUAUUAUCAAGCUCCGCUGCCGGUUCGAGUACGACUCAAAGUAAAACCAACGCUACGUCGACUUUCAAGAUAUUGAAUGCCGGCGGUAUGCCCUCCAAAUUCACUGUUGUGCGUCCGAGUCCAACGAGCGGUUCGACAAAGUUGAUCUUAACGCAAUCACCCAAGAAAGAGGGGGCUGUACCAGUAACGUUUUCGCCUAUAACUUCAAAAGUGCAAAAAACCAUAGUGACUGUACCAAAAUUAGGCGCACUCGGCGAUGGCCAGCAACGUAGUCUUGCAGUAAACACCACAACUUCUUCCAGUCAGUCAUCAGCCAAUCUCAUAUCGUCCACCUCAUCGCAAUUAGCCAAUACCAGCACUAGUCAAUCGCUGAUCAAAAGCAACACAAACGCGACAAAUGCCACUUCGUCUUCAUCGGCCACGCUCAUACGCAAGCAUAAAAUCUCAGAAAUCAAUUCGGAGUUGAAGCGCAUAACAACCACCGGUGUUGCUGAAGACGACAGCGUUGACAUGGACGCACCGCCUGAGGCGAAGAAGUUAGCAAGCGGCAGUCGCAUUGUCAUGCUGCCGCGCUCCAUGUUGCGCACCACAAGCAGCGGACAAGUGCGGCAGGUGACAUUGCAGUCGAACGCUGGCACUGUGGGGGAUAGUAAUGGCGGUGGUGCUGGCACCAGUCAGUCGCCAACGCGUAAAUUAUCCAUGCAUCAACAACAACAAAUGCAAAGUGUACUAAAAAGCAAUAAUUGUUAUGUAGUAUCUGCAGAUGGGAGCGGACAAAAGUCGCUACUAAUAAAUGGCAAGGCGCAAACGUUGCUUAACCAGCAACAACAACAGCAGAAAUCGUUACAAUUAAAGCGACAAAUGCAACAGCAACAGCUACUACAACAACAACAACAGCAACAACAACAACAACAAUAUAAAUACCUGCAACAAAAGAAACAGGAGCAGCUAGAGCAACAAAACGACACAAAAGUCCCCACGCUACAGAGAAUUGCAAAUAUCAAUAGCAGCAGCAAUAACAACAAUACCGCCAGCAGCUACAAUAAUAACAAUGCCAAUAGCGUGGAUAAUAAAUCAUUGAAUUUCAAAAUAAAAGUGGAACCGUUAGAGUUCGAAGAAGAUAUCAAACCUAUACCGUCCGACCUGUUAGCGGACGCGGCGAAUGGUGGCAUACGGCGAAAACAUUGUAAUUGUAGCAAAUCGCAAUGUUUGAAAUUGUAUUGUGACUGUUUUGCUAACGGUGAAUUCUGUCAGGAUUGUACGUGCAAGGAUUGCUUUAAUAAUUUGGAAAACGAGGAUCAGAGACAAAGAGCAAUUAAAAAUUGUCUGGAGCGAAAUCCCAGCGCUUUCAAACCAAAAAUAACGACGUCACGUGAACAAGGCGAUAUGCGUCACAAUAAAGGCUGUAAUUGCAAACGUUCCGGUUGUCUUAAGAACUAUUGCGAAUGCUAUGAGGCGAAAAUACCCUGCUCGUCCAACUGCAAAUGCAUGGGUUGCCGCAAUAUCGAAGAACGGCCCGAUUUGGACAUGGAUCCCACAGAUUCGAAACUUUUGGCCACCAUACCGAGUGUUGGUCUAUCAGCUGCCGGUCAGAAGCGUACCUACGAUAAAACCAAUAGUAAAACGGCUGUCAAUGACAAAUUCUAUAAAGAUACAGCAAAAACUUUAGGAAUCGGCAAUGAUCUGCUUGCAGGUCUAGCUGCCGGUGGCAGUGCUAGUAUUAUGACGGGCGGCGGCAGCAGUAGUUGCAGUGGUAGUGGCAGUAAUGGAGUGAGUGCUACACCUGGCGUUGCUGGCACAACAACUGGCAAACAACAAUGCAAUUUUAUAACACAGGAUGUUGUUGAAGCGACCAUACAAUGUUUGAUUUCGCAGGCGGAUCAGUGUGAAAAGAAUGGUUUACCCGCUUAUCAGACAGAAAAAAUGGUUAUGGAGGAAAUGGGCCGUUGUUUGGUGGAAAUAAUCGAUUUUUCUAUACGCAAUACAGAUACGAGUUUUACGCAGGAAUAAAUUGAGGGGAGAAAAAAUCAGAGGCGACGACCGCUUAUGUUUUGUUUAUUAUUUUCUGACUUAUGAAAUAUUCGCAAACGUUUUGACAAAGAUGAAAAAAAAAAUAUAUAUAAACAAAUAUUUAUGUUUAAAAAUGUUUAAAAUAAAGUUAAGCAACUAGCAGCUUGUUAUUUGUAAAUAGA